AUGCCCAUCUGCAUUGAAUGUCGAUAUCCGGUGGCCGCGCUGUACACCACAUACAGCAAAGCCGACGACAAGGCUCUCGGAAAGGGUGUGCGACUCACACAAUGUCCGCGUUGCAAACGCUUCGCCGACAAAUACGUCGAACAUGACUUUGUGGUCUUGUUUAUCGAUUUGGUCUUGAUUAAACCUCAGGUUUACAGACAUCUUCUGUUCAAUAGACUUGGACGAGUUGACGACAAGUUUGACCCAUCGAUCAUCCGCCUAGGAAUUCUGUUGCUCCUGUUCGAUGUCUACCUUACUUGGGCACGCAUUGAAAAGGCCACACCAUCGUCCGAAGCGCAAUCACUCUCACCACCACUUCCACUUCCGUUGCUUCCGGCCACCUACACAAACUCAACCUCUCUGAAUGGCACCUACAUCAGCCACGAUGGAUCUCAAUCAACCAGCUGGAUCGCGGCUCAACCAAUUCUAGUGCAAUACAUCUACUUUCUCGUCCUCUGCGCCGUGGAGACCUUUUCCUUCCACGUUCCCAUCCGGGCACUCCUCUCUGUGCGUUUCCCCCGACCACUCAAUUCUCUCAUCCCGCAUUACCCGCAUCCGGCACUCGUUAGCACGGCACUGCUGGUUUCAAGCUUUACGAAACUCUUCCCGCUCAUGCUGCUGGUGUGGAAAUAUGAUUUGCCAAGCAGCGCGAGUGCGGUUUCCUGGGCUGUCAUUAUCAACAACGUGGCGGCGUUGGAGAUCUUGCUGGACUGUGGGUAUGUGAGAGCUGCUGUGCUGGCUGCUGUGGGAGCUAUCUUCAGAGCUGGAGUUGGAUGGGGAACCCUUCGUGUUGUCGGAGUGAAAGGUGGCGUUGCAGCGGCAGGUGUGGUUGAGACAGGAGACCUCAUCGUAGUCUGGCGGAGAUUGAUGGAGACCAUCGGUCUGGGCUAA